UUAGAUGGACGGCGUGCAUUUCGUUGAUCUUGCUGGUUUUACAGUAAUCAACAGUAACUUAUUAAUGGAAUAAUUAGUGAUAAUCUGCCAGUCUUUGUGGAUAUAAAUGACUGUAUUUAAAAUCGUAAUCCGUUCCGUGGGAAGAUCGUACGAGGAGUUCAAUAGCGUCACGUAACGCUGAAUUAAUUUCCGGCUGAGAAUCGGAAAAUCAUUUUCACUACUGUUCAAGGAAGUCAAAAUGACUGUCAUGGAUUUUUUCGGAUGUGCUUUUCUGGCGUUUGGGCCACCCCUGGCGAUGUUUACCUUCACUGUUGCUGCAGAGCCCAUUAGGAUUAUUAUACUAAUAGCCAGUGCAUUCUUCUGGCUCCUGUCGUUACUUUUCUCAUCUGCGCUCUGGUAUGCCGUUGUCCCUCUGCGGAAUCACCUUGCGUUCGGCUUGGUGUAUUCGGUGCUCUUCCAGGAAGCAUUCAGAUAUUUACUAUACUGGUUACUUCGGAAAGCCGAAAAAGGAUUAGAAAAGGUUACCACAGUGCAUGUUGCAGACAGCAGGCAUACCUUUGCAUAUGUUUGUGGUAUGGGAUUUGGAUUCAUGAGCGGUGCUUUUGCGUUGGUAAAUGUUCUCGCAGAUGCAGUAGGACCAGGAACAAUGGGUCUUAGGCAAGGAACGGAGUAUUUCUUCAUAAUAUCGGCAACUACCACAUUAUGUUUUAUAUUGCUUCAUACAUUUUGGGGAGUCGUGUUCUUUUCUGCCUUGGACCAUAAAAAAUGGAUUCAGAUAGCUUGGGUAGUUUGUUCGCACCUUUUUGUCUCUUGCAUGACGUUACUCAAUAGAUAUGAGGCUUAUGCAGCCAGUAUUCUGUCUGCAUACAUAGUUCUGGUACUUACUGGUGCAAUGGCCUUCAAUAUCGCGGGGGGAAAAGCGAGAAAUAUAGCUCAUUGUUUUAUAAGGAAAUGAAAAUCGACUUAAUACAAUAUAAUGUAAUGGCACUGAACAACACUAUUUAUAUUCGCUGCUAGAAGGGUACAGUGAAAUUGUAAGAUCGCUGGUGUGGCUGUAUCUUCACUUCGUGACUAUAUUAGUUAGAAGUGAUCAAUUUCAAGCAGUCAAGAAAUUAUAAAACGAAAAUAUUAAGCAGUUGGAAGUAAAGUCCAAAACCAGUGGCCUUUGUAUUAUCCAAUGGUCAGGCUCACAUUGAUAAAUCCUGAAUGCCAGGAACAAGAAAAAUAAGUUAUGUUGGAGUUUCUUGUAUUGAUAAUAAUCACUAUUGUUUGCAUAAAACAUGCACAAUGUCAGCGUCUCUCCUGGUCAUUUGAUGAAAUUCAUUGAACAUAAUAUUAACAAUUUCUGAUACCUUUAACCCUUCGCACUCAAGAGGUGACUCUCAGUCACCACUGGCAACUAGAAUGGCAAAGUCCUUGAGUACAAAGGGUUAAUAAUAAUUGCGUAAAUAAUAUAGAUUUUUCUAAGGCUCAACAUAAUUUUCAAUAUAGUGCAGUUAAAAACGAGUUCGUUAUUGCAAAAACAGUUCUUUCUUAAAUUUGUAUCAAAAAUGCGUCUUCUUUUGAAAAAUAUCUUAAAUGUGUUUAAUAUUUUAUUAAUAGUAAGUACCUUAUGAUAACUACUAGGUAUGUUUCGGGUAUUCCACAUUCUAUACUCUUUAAUCAUUCGCGAUGUUUCCACUUAAAAUUUAAAUUAAGCUCAAGCAAAUGAAGUCUGUUUAAUUAUUACAUGGAGCUUUUUUUAACUUGACAUUUAUAAUCACAGCCUUUCAGUAGGCAGGAUCAUCAUCGAGGAACCUUGUACUUAAAUUUAGCUUAAACUUCAAGUGGAGGCAAAGUAUCUUUGUAAGACCUAAUUUCUUUAAAAUGUUACCUUUAAUUAUUACCAGUUCUUUUUUGUAAUCGCUAAUCAUGCUACUACAAUAUUAAAACUAAUCUCUGAUAAAUUAAACAAACUCGUUCAAGCAGAGAGUUUGCUACGACAAAGCCAAAUACAUAGUUGGAUAAGUGCGCAAAAAAUUUCCUACCGAAAAAUCCUAAAUGUAUUGUCGAUAAACAAUAAAAAAUGUGUAUAAUACAUAUGGAUGUACACAAUGUAAUAACUAUUAAGCGUUAUGAUACAUUUUCAUAAUGACAUGGUUAGUCGCUAGACCUGCUACUUUUAAGCCUGAAUUUAAAUUAAACUCUGACCAUCAGAACGAAUCACAAAGUGGACACUAACUUCUAAGGAAUUGUUAAUUACUUUUUGUACCAGAUGUCAAGAUGCGUUGACGAAUUUAGUCUAGAUGAUUACUAGAUGAAAUAUAGAUUUUGCAAAUCAUUUUGUGACUUACAUAUUAAAAACGAACUAUCGUUAACCUUGAUACAGGUAAAAAAAUAUAUAAUUGCAUUUAAAAAGUAAUAAAAUAAAAGCCUUUUUUACGAAAAUUACACUGUUCACUUAGAUUAGUAAAUUACUGCCGAUUAAAAAACCUUAGUAUGUAAACUAUAUUCUCUUUUCAUUAAUCGUGUAAAAAUAUAGCGCUUUUUGAUUCUUUUUUAUGUGCUGUGACAAAAUGGUCUCUCCAUGUUAUAUUCUAUUUUGAAAAAAGAAAAUAAAUAUAUGCUGGCGCAUCAAUAUAGUGUACUGCUUGUGCUCUCUGCUUUGUAUGCACAAAAGAAUGGCAUUAAGAUUUCUUUAAUAGCCACCUUUGUUAACUGGUAUUUCCUAUUUACUCUGCUUACUUUUUAUAUCGGAGUGAAUUUUGUCAUGGAACUUGGCUCCAUUGGAAAUUAAGUUAGAGUUAAGUUACAGAUGUAGAUGAAGAAGUGAGGAAUUAAAAGAUUUUAAUGUUGCCUUAUGCAGAUGAUACGGAGCAAAUAGCCAGGACUUAGUACACCGAGUGUCGCCCACUUGUUAAAAUCUGUUUUUUACGAACAUUAACAUUUUUGUAUCGGCGAUAUAUCUUUAAUGUAAUUUAUUGAAAUUUCAUUGUUCCCGAAUAUCUGUUUUUGUAAAGAACAUAUGCAUAGAAAAUGGUAAUAAUUUAAGCUUAUGAAUAAUUACAUCAUCUUUUAAUUAUUGCAAUCUAUAGAGAUGCAACAUCUCAUCAAAUACCUUCUACAAACUUAUAAAUUACAUCAUUUAACUUGUAAUGUACAGGCUAAGUCUGUGGCUUUCAGAGGUACCGGUUGUAAUCGCUUCUUCAACUUAUAUCUCUCUAGUUUUAAAUCGAUUAGGUAUUUCACGAUAAACAGAGUUCGUAUGUGUAAACAAAAUAAACAAUUUCAAUAAAUUCCUUGUCUGAAUCGA